AUGCCGCGUCCGAACUUGGAACAACUGAAGACUGAGUAUGUUCAGCGUCCGGAGGCGGACCACUCUUUCCAGGUGAAGUUGCACCUGGGAUACGUGGUUUACCAGGGAGCAGAAUUAAGCUCCCCUUCCGUCGCCCCGUCCCCUCCAUCAGCAAUGCUGCCAUCCGGUGGAGCAUCUUGCGUAGUAGGCCUCCUAGAAGUAAAGCUUUCGUUGGGACCUGAAGCGGUAAGGAUUAUCGGAGGCUGUCUUAUGUCAUGUGCCAAUGAAGGCACGUGUCCGUCCCGACCCCGACUAACACCUGAACCAAGUGACUGGGAAGCUGACACAGCGGGAGAAUCUGCGUCAUUACCAACCUGGGAGCCUUCAUCGCCUUUACUAUUAUGGUCAAAAGAUGGAGAUGCCGACUCAGCCGGGAACUGA